CAGAUUCAGGCUUAGCCAGAACUCUUGCUAUUAUUAUUAUCCAUCUCUGUUCACUGUUAUUAAUGCUGUUAACGUUGUCACUGAGCAGCAGUGUGACUUCUAUUCCUCACAAUGUUGACUUUCGUUCAAAAAAUGACGUUUUAGCUGGUGUGAAUUCUGUGGUAAAGCUCAAACAACGCAGCCUAUCAGGCGAAUGGAAUGACUAAUGAACUUAAAUCAACGCAAAUCUUUUCGGUGAAUUUUAGCUCCUGUCGUUGACGUAGACGUCUCCCUGUAAAACUAUAAUAAAUGCCCCCUCCUUGCUGUGUUUUCCCGCUCUCCUUCCUCUCACCUGUACGGAAGUGUGUGGAAAAGGCAGGGCAGCGACCUUGAGGACUAAUGGGGAUUGUUUUAAUAAGCCUGUUCCUUCAAUACUGGCUUAGCACCGUCGAAGGGACGUGCUCGGCGCUCACGUGCGACGCUUGUGUGCAGCUGGGGCCGCAGUGCGCGUGGUGCACUCUGCAGAACUUCACGGUGUCGUUGGCGGACGGAGAGCGCUGCGGCACGCUGGAGGAGCUGAGAGCGCGAGGAUGCGCGGGAGAGGCCGUGGAGUUCCCGGUGACCCGCGCAGAGCUGCUCGAGGACGAACCGCUGGGCAGGAGAGCGGGGCGCGCUAACGUGUCUCACAUAGCGCCGCAGAGGAUGGCGCUCAGACUCAGGCCAGGAACUCGGGUGACAUUCCAAGUGAAAGUGCUCCAACCUAAAGACCAUCCUGUGGAUAUGUAUUACCUUAUGGACCUGUCAGCUUCCAUGAUUGAUGAUCUAGAAAGGAUUACACAACUGGGGUCCACUCUUUCCAAAGAAAUGGCUAAUCUCACUAGUAAAUUCCGAUUGGGAUUUGGUUCUUUUGUGGAGAAGCCGAUUUUGCCCUACAUCAAAACUACUCCAGAGGAGCUGGCCAAUCCCUGCAGGAGUGUAGAUUAUGUUUGUCUACCCACAUUUGGAUACAGACAUAUCCUUCCCUUGACAAGCAGCAUGGAUGAGUUCAACAAGAUUAUUUCCAAGCAGCGUGUCUCAGCCAAUAAUGACAUUCCGGAGUGCGGCUUUGAUGCCAUCAUGCAGGCGGCAGUGUGUGGGGACAAGAUUGGGUGGCGGAAUGAUUCCAUGCGCUUGCUGGUGUUUGCAAGUGAUGCAGACUCUCACUUUGGAAUGGACAGCAAAAUGGCUGGCAUUGUAAUCCCUAAUGAUGGCCAGUGUCAUUUGGACAGCAACAAUGAGUAUUCCAUGGCAGGUCACUUGGAGUACCCAACCUUGGGGCAACUUGUAGAUAAGCUGGUGGAAAACAACAUCCUCCUCAUAUUUGCAGUGACAGCCAAUCAGAGACAGAACUAUGAGAAUUAUGCAAAUCUAAUUCCUGGUGCUACAGUCGGGGUGCUGGAAAACGAUUCCCGGAACAUCCUUGAACUGAUUAUGACUGCUUAUAAGGAGCUGAGGUCUGAGAUUGAAAUGGAAGUCUUGGGUGACACUGAACAUCUCCAGAUUUCCUUCACCGCUCUUUGUCAGGAUGGGAAGGUGGACCAAGGGAUGAAACGCUGUACCAACGUCAAAGUUGGAGACACGGUGGCCUUUAACGUGACAGUUGAGCUGGGUAGCUGUUUGGAUGGCCCAAGGCACUUUUCCCUGCGGCCAGUGGGCUUCCAGGACACACUAGAGGUGGAGCUGGAGUCAUUGUGUGCGUGUGACUGCCACCGGACCGCUGAACCAAACAGCAUAUAUUGCAGUGAUGGACAAGGGGCAUUGGACUGUGGCUUGUGUAUGUGCGACCCCGGCUUCAUGGGACCCAAGUGUGAGUGUGAAGAAAGGGAAGGCCAAAUCUCUGACUGCAGGGUGGAGGAGGGAGCAGAGAUGUGCAGUGGGCAGGGCGAAUGCUUUUGUGGGCUGUGCUUGUGCCACCAGUCUAGUUUUGGACAUGUGUAUGGAAAAUAUUGUGAGUGUGACGACUUCUCCUGCCUCAGAUUCCGAGGGAAGCUGUGUGGAGGUAAUGGCAUGUGUGACUGUGGUGAGUGUGUGUGUCACAGUGGUUGGACUGGCGAGUAUUGCAACUGCAGCACUAGCAUGCGCGCGUGUGAAUCCGCAGAUGGGUCAGUCUGCAGCGGACGUGGAAAGUGUGUGUGUGGGAAGUGUGAGUGUUCCGUUCCAGGAGCUUCGGGGGACAAAUGCGAGAAGUGCCUAACCUGUGGAGAUAUCUGUAGCAGAACCAGGUCUUGUGUGGAGUGCUACCUGAAAGAUGAUGAAUUCUCAGAAGAGUGUGUCCAUAAAUGUAACACUAUUCAUACCACUGUCAGCAACUCUACAGAUUUUGAAGAGAGUCGUGCCGUUUUGUGUACUCUUCAGAACGAGAAUGAAUGUCUGAUCUCCUUUGCUUUGGCGACCAGUGAUAAGGGCAACACUGUCUACAAGCCCUGGCUUGAAUGUCCCAAGGCCCCAAACAUCGCGAUGAUUGCUCUGGGUGUCUGUAUGUCUGUACUCACAAUUGGCAUCACACUCCUGGUGGUCUGGAAGCUUCUCGUGUCCGUCCACGACCGAAAAGAGGUUGCCAAGUUUGAAGCAGAGAGAGCUAAAGCAAAAUGGCAAUCAGGCACAAACCCUCUUUUCAGAAGUUCAACAUCAACAUUUAAGAAUGUGGCAUAUAAAAAUACAGGUCGACAGAAAGUUGAUAUAUGUUGAAUAAGCAUUUGUCAAAUUGAUUUGAUGUACAGAAUGUAGACCACUGUUCAUGGAAUGUGUGCGUGCAUGCGUGCGUGUGUGUGUGUGUGUGUGAGAGUGCACGUGAAAGACUUGACUUUUUCAGUGGUAAUUAUUUUCAGUGAUGUUUACAUGUCAUAAAAUGCAUUGUGAAAUCGUUUAUAUUACACAUUUGCUGCUAAACAGUUUUGAAAAUUCAAAUACAGUCAGAUACAGAAUUAUUGGCAACCUUCAGGACUGAAAAAGACAGUCAUUAUUGUACAUGAUAUUGAGAAAUCUUGUAAUUUAACAACAGAAAUAACUUUACUGUUAUAACUGUUUUAAAAAGUUUAUAUUGCUGUAUGAGUGUACUCGUAAUAUUGUCCAUACAGAGCCUUUUAUGAUCUUUUCAAUUUGUAUGUUUGUACUGUAGAUUGUUGUCUGAGCAGAGAUAUUGGAAAAGCACAAGUCACAGCACUGAAGUAGAGAGGGUAAACUUUUUAAAAAUGAAGCCUGUGUUAAUGCAUUCCUGUAGAUUGUCAAACUUACAACCAAAUCUUAGCCUCCUGACGAGAUCAACUAAUUUUUCUUUUUGGUUAAAAGGCAGUGGUACUAUUUAGAGUUCGUUCCUCAUCUUGACAUGAGGUACCAAAUUUUUCUUUUUUAUGUACUAUAGGAGUAAAGUAAGGCCCUAAUACAGCUCCUUACAGCUGAGAUGACCUGCUUUGAAUAGACAAUUAUUACAGCAUUUACAGCUCGUUGUAUUUUAAUCAGGCAUGCUGAAAAUUCUGCAUAUGACUGUGACUUAAUAUAUGCUACUGCAAUUACUGAAAGUCUGAGCAGCACUGGACAUAAUAGUUGUUUCAUAGUAGUUCCGUACGUUUUUUAUAUUGUGUGAUGUGUAUUUUUUUCAUGGGUUUGUGAAACUAGUCACUGAGGCUGAGCCUUGAGCUGUGAUUUAAUAACUUAACUUUUUAAUGUUGAAUAAAGUUUUUGCUGGGUCAAGCA